UGCUUCUGCUAAAGCUGAUGCCACAUAUUCUUAUCUUCUCCCCCGAUUGCAACUUUUGUCGUUUUCAUCACAUGUGUUUAUCUAUCUCCUAAUGCUUUUUUCUCUCCACCUUGCAUUCGCAUGUCUUUUCACAAUCAGUCAUAGUAAUUAGAAAUCGUCAUUGCCACACUUUCCAAACACUUUGUUUUUUUUUUUAGAGUUUUUCCAAUUAUAUGUUUUUCUCAUAGCUUCUAAUAAUUCGGUUGGGUUAGGUUAGACCCUUCUCUGCUUUCAGCUUAAUUUAUUAGCCCGUCACUUUCUCCGUGCUAUUUGUGUAGUUGUGAUACGAUGAUUGUAUUGUAUAAGAGAAUAUGUGGGCUACAACUUUUUUUUUUUUUAAAUUUUAUGACGCUAUUCUGGCUGCUGAAGCAUCUGUGAUGAUAUGCUGAUUUCUUUUUAUGAGUUUCUGCGUCUUUUCAUGAGUUUGUUUACGAGGGUAGCUUUGUUAAAUCCUGAUGGAAACUUUGCAUUAAUUUUGCGGUUGCAAGAUUGACAAGGGUGGUCCCACAAAAGUGUUUAAGGAGACAGGUGCAAAUAAUUGUUUGUUUUUCUUUUAAUUUUCUCUUUCCCUGAAGUGGUUGAAGGGCUCACAAGUUGAAGAAGGUAACUGUGUAUCAGUGUCACGAGUUGGUGUUGUGGUAGUACGUGAGGAAAAGUGUUGCCGGGGAAGAAGCUUUUUGAAUAAAGAAAGAAAGAAUCGUUGUGAGGAAAGUGAAAUGGAGCCACUGAAUCAGAAGUCUAUUGAGAGAGUGGUUUCGCAGAAAGCCUUGCAAAUGGGAAGCUCGUUUCCUUGCCAAAUUUGUGUGGUGGGAUUUCUCUGUGGAGUGUGCCUCACCUCUCUGUUCUUGGCUGCUUUGACUUCCUUUGGCACCUUUCAGUUUGGUCCCAUUUUGUUUUCAACCAUGUCAAUGGCUAAUUCAUCAGGGAAUUCAACUUUUCCUAACGACAUCAGCAUGAUUGCUCGUUCGGACUGCCAUUUCAAGCUUAAGGAAACUGAGAGAUUAUGGGAUUCUAGAAGCAGCAGAGAGCGAGAUAACGAAGAGAGAGUCUCAUUGCUUUAUUCAGCUUGGAGUGCUGAGUUGAAUGAAUCCACAAGCGGUGGCAAAGAGGGGUCCAGUUUGCCCAAUGCACCACAUUUAGAAAACUGCAAGGUGAAAACAGAGCUAUAUGAGUAUCUUGAUAAGCGUACAGGAACUGAUGUUUUCCCGCCAUGGACAACUUGGAAGGGAUCUUUGCAGACGUUUUCUGUGGCUGCAUUCAAUGAGCAGAUGCAAAAGCUUAGGCAUGAGGCUGCAUCCGAAGGGGCCUAUCCUCCGUGGAUUGCAGGAUCAGAUGAAGAAAACUAUCCCAUGACCAGAAAAGUGCAGCGUGACCUUUGGAUCCAUCAGCAUCCCUUAAACUGCAGUAGCCCAGAAGUGAAGUUCCUCCUUACUGACUGGGAGAGAUUACCUGGAUUUGGUAUCGGGGCUCAGAUUGUUGGGAUGACAGGACUUCUUGCUAUUGCAAUCAAUGAAGGAAGAGUCCUUGUCACAAACUAUUACAACAGAGCUGACCAUGGAGGAUGCAAAGGAUCUUCCAGGUCUAGUUGGAGUUGUUACUUCUUACCUGAAACCUCCAGGGAAUGUCGGCAGCGAGCAUUUGAACUCAUAAAAAGUGAAGAUGCGUGGAGGAAGGGAAUUGUAACAUCAAAGGAAAAUUAUACAAGCAAGCAUAUAUGGGCUGGACCAACUCCCAGGAAAUGGGGGCUUCCGUGGAAUUAUUUGCAACCCACAACUGAUUUAAAUGGAACUUUGUUAGCUUCUCACAGAAAAAUGGAUAGACGGUGGUGGAGAGCACAGGCAGUACGUUACUUGAUGAGGUUUCCAACCGAAUACACGUGCAAUUUAAUGAAUGAGGCACGCCAUGCUAGCUUUGGAAAAUUAGCAGCAAAAGUUGUUCUUGAAAGUCUUGCUGGGGAUUGGCCAAAGGAAAAUAGUGCGAAGGCAAGGUCUAGUGAUAUUGAUGAAUACGUGUGGUCCAAUCAGAAGCCAUGGGUCCCAAGGCCUCUUCUAAGUAUGCAUGUAAGAAUGGGAGACAAAGCAUGUGAAAUGAAGGUAGUUGAAUUUGAAGAAUACAUGAAGCUUGCGGAUCGGAUUCGGAGACACUUCCCUCACCUUAAUAGUAUUUGGCUGUCCACUGAGAUGCAGGAAGUGAUUGAGAAAACCAGAGAAUAUUCUCAUUGGAACUUUUACUACACUAAGGUAAGACGCCAAGUUAAGAGUAACAUGUCGAUGGCUGAGUACGAAGGCAGUCUGGGUAGGGAGACCAGCACAAACUACCCACUUGUUAAUUUCUUGAUGGCCACUGACUCAGAUUUUUACGUUGGGGCGUUGGGUUCUAGCUGGUCCUUUCUUAUAGAUGGAAUGAGAAAUACUGGCGGAAAGGUAAUGGCUGGGUACUUGACUGUCAACAAAGACAGAUUUUGGUAAGAGUUACGUUUGUAAAUUAGAUCAUCACUGCCUGCCAUAUCAAUUUGAUUCUUUCUAUGUAUAACUAUUGUACAUAUAUGCAAACAAUAAAAACGACACGAUCUCUAUAUGAUGCUGGUGUUAGAAAGAAUCAAAAUGCUUCCACUUUGUUUUUCCAUUACGUUA